UUGAGAGUCUUAUACCUACCGUAUUUAUUUACGUUGUUAAUAUGGAUUUAUCAAAGUAUUAUAAUUUUAAGAACUAAAAGUUUGUAUAGUUUAACAAUUUAAAGACUUUAAAUAGGCCACUAUUUCGAGUAUCACAUUAUAAAUAUAAUAAAUAUGCAACCUUUAUCAAUGCAUCCUAAGUCAGACAUUCAGAUUGAUCUGACCCAGGUUAGAAUUGACAUUCUUCAAGGUAUCCGUGAAUGUAACAGUCGUGGUCUUGUACAAACUACGAAGUGGCUUGCAGAAUUGAAUUAUGCUUUAAGAGACCACAAGAUAACUUCCGAGGAACCUUCAGAAUCUUUGAACGAGGACAUAACGCCGGAGGAAAAGGAUGCCUACACAUUAGCAAAAUGCUACUUCGACUGUCAAGAAUACGAUAGAGCUGCCCAUUUUUUAGAGAACUGCACGAGUUCGAAAUGCGUUUUUCUUCACAAAUAUUCUUUGUAUAUGUCUAGUGAGAAAAAGCGUUUAGAUAAUGCUACAGACCUGGGUACAGAAAAUAGUGAAUCGAAUCAAGUUCUUUUGGACUUAUUGUCUUUCUUUAAAACCAACUCCAAUAACCUCGAUGGUUACUUGUUGUAUCUAGAAGGUGUUGUACUUAAAAAACUAGAUCUAAGAAGUCAAGCUGUUACAGUACUGCAAGCUUCUGUUCAAGCAGCACCUACAUUAUGGGCAGCCUGGAUAGAGUUGGCAGGCUUGGCCAAUGAAUAUGAGGCACUAGAUUCAUUACAACUACCAAAACAUUGGAUGAUGUACUUUUUUGCAGCUCAUGCAUUUGUGGAACUGAAGCUAUCAGAACAAGCUUUGGAAGCUUACAUGGUGUUGGCUGCAGCAGGAUUUGAGAAGAGUACAUAUAUAACAGCACAAAUGGCUAUAGCGCAUCAUGACAGAAGAGAUGUGGAUUCUUCCCUUGCUUUGUUCAGGUUAUUGUACGAAAAUGAUCCAUAUCGACUAGACAACUGGGAUGUUUACUCUCAUUUGUUAUAUUUGAAGGAAAAAAGAAUGGAACUUGCAAAUUUGGCACAAAGGGCAGUCUCCAUUGACAAAUACAGAGUAGAAACGUGUUGUGUUAUAGGUAAUUACUACAGUUUAAGAUGUGAGCACCAAAAAGCUGUGAUAUACUUCCAAAGAGCUUUAUCUCUAGACCCUCAGUACUUGUCUGCGUGGAUCCUUAUGGGGCAUGAAUUCAUUGAACUUCAAAACUCCAAUGCUGCAAUACAAUGUUAUAGGCAAGCCAUUGAUGUAAACCGAAAUGAUUAUAGAGCAUGGAACGGUCUAGGACAAGCAUAUGAAAUACUAGGGUUGAAUAGUUACUGUAUUUACUAUUACUCUAGAGCCGCUCAACUGAAACCUGAUGAUUCAAGGAUGUUGGUGUCUCUCGGUGAAGCAUAUGAGAAAAUGGAAAAAAUACCUAAUGCAUUGAAAUGUUAUUACAAAGCACAUAGUACAGGCGAUAUUGAAGGCAUGGCUUUAUUCAAAUUAGCCAAGUUGUACGAAAGGUCGAACAUGCCAAACAGUGCUGCGGCUGCGUACACAGCGGCGUGCCAGGAUCCCGCGAACUCCGGCAGCAAGGAACUGCCGGCGGCGCAACGGUACCUAGCGCAGUACUACCUCAGGUUCUCACUGCUCGAUCACGCGGCACAUUACGCCUAUAAAUGUUUGGAACAUGAGAGUACUAAAGAAGCAGGAAAGAACAUAUUAAAAAUGGUUUCCGAAAAACGGUUAGCAGCGUCUUCGUCCCAGUCGUCAGAUUUACCUGAAGACUUACCAGAGGCAAUCAAGAAUGUGUCAACGGUGUCCAUAACACAGGACAUUCCCAAAACACCGCUACCUAGUCCCAAUGUUACUCCAGAGAACUUCUCGACCCCGGUUUUCACGCGAAAAAACAAGCUUUGAUCUUCCCUAGAAUCAGGGUGUAGAAGAAACCCUUAAAAUGAGAUAAAAUAUGAUCUCGACUUUGGUGAUUCGUGAUUGGGUGUUUCGUUCAAAAAAAACAAUAACAAAAAUUGUAAAUACUAUAUGCAAUUAAAGUGUGAAUAAAGUUCUGA